UGUCAUAAUACCUCCUACAGUCAGUGAAAAACCUACAAUGUACAUAAGAAAAGACAUUCGCAAGAUGAUCGUGUUAUGGGUUACACUGCUUGUUCUUCACCGAGGAUAUACACUUGUUCCAGUAACUACAGUUCAACUUGGGGAGACUGUAACCAUCCCAUGUCAUCUGCCAGCGAUUGAGAUCAUUCGUAAAGAAGUCCAUUGGUACAAGCAGAGUGUCGGGGACAUUCUGAAAGUAAUUUGGACAAUGAGGGAAUCUGCAACACCUGAGUUUGCACCUGAGUUUAAUAACUCUAGAUUGAAGGUCAAUCACGAUAAACAUUUUACCAACCUGACCAUUUUGAAGACAAAUCAAGAGGACGAGGGAAUCUAUCACUGUGGAUUCACAGAGUGGCGUAAGAAUACUGAGUGGACCGGGACGUAUUUGUUAGUUAAAGGAAACACCCAGAGAACGUCAAACUACACUUUUGUUAAGGAGAAAGUCCAUCCAGGAGACUCUGUGACUCUUCAAUGUUCAGUCCUCUCCAGCUCUAACAGAAAGACAUGUCCAGGAGGCCACAAUGUGUUCUGGUUCAGGGAAGCAAAUACAUCUCAUCCUAGCAUCAUAUACACUGAUGGAAACAGACAUCAUGAAUGUGAGAAAAGAUCCGAUACUGAGCAGAGUUGUGUUUAUCGCUUGUCUAAGAACACCAGCGCCUCUGAUUCUGGGACUUACUACUGUGCUGUGGCGACAUGUGGAGAAAUAUUAUUUGGAAAUGCAACUAAACAACAAAUGGAGCAAACAGCAGGUUUGGAAUUUAUUUCUUUGGUGAUAGCAAUAAUCUGCUUGAUAAUUUCUGUGAUUCUCAAUAUUAUUUUCAUCUGCUGCCGAACUCCAAGAGCAGCAUGUGAACAAUUUCAAAAAAAAAGCUCUUCACAGGAAAGACAAGAUGACUUGAGUCAAACAGUGGACAGUAGUCCUGAAGGUGAAUAUGAUCUGAACUACGCUGCACUGCAUUUCUCUGGAAGCAAAGCUACAAGAGGAAAGAAGAGGAAGAAUGAAUUGGAAACUGAAGAAAGUGUGUAUUCUCAAGUUAAAUGCAGAAUGUGAAAGUGUGUAUGAAAAACUGUGGGUUGACUUUGAGUAUCUCAUUCACUGAAAAUAAACUA